AUGGACGAAUCUGAGAAAAGAAAGGAACGACUAAGGGCAAUGCGCACAGAAGCUGAAGAAGCUGAAGCUUCUCAUAGUGUUACAACUUCAGCUGUCCCUGGUUACCUUUCCAAUCCGUUGGCUGAAGAUAGUGCAGCUAUACCAGUGCACGAGGAACCUUGUGCUCCUUCUAGGUUUGACUUUUACACAGACCCUAUGGCAGCCUUCUCUUCUGACACUAAAAGGGUUAAAGUUGGCAACCAGAUUGCGCCGAGUAAUUUUGGACGUUCAAAUACGGGUGGUUCUCCUAUGGCAAGGCUUUCGUCACCUCUUUCAGGAGGACCAAGGAACCCUGAAAUGACUGCUCCUCCAUCCAAUCAGUUUCAGAGCAAUUAUUCACCAGAUCAGAGAAUGUAUCAAGUACAACAAGGUUUCUGUCAAAACUUUGGUCCUCGAAGAAACCCCAUAGGAAUAGUGAGACCAUUCUCUAUGCAUCAUGGAAAUCCACCUGAAGUCUGGAAUGGAGCUGAAGGUGCUGCCAAUUAUAGUUUUCCAUCUGAUCCUUCAAGAGAAUGCAGGUUUCCUGGCCCUGGGUUUAGACCACCAGGAAGCCCUGGAUUUAGACCACCAGGAAGCCCUGGACUUGGACCACAAGGAAGCUCUGGAUUUGGACCACCAGGAAGCCCUGGAUUUAGACCACCAGGAAGUCCUGGAUUUAGACCACCAGGAAGCCCUGGAUUUGGACCACAAGGAAGCUCUGGAUUUGGACCACCAGGAAGCCCUGGAUUUAGACCACCUGCAAGCCCAGGAUUUAGACCACUAGGAAGCCCUGGUUCCAAUAGUGGGUUAGGCAGGGGGCACUGGCGUAGCAAUAGUCCAAGCCCUCGUUCAGUACAUGGAGGCAAUACUAGUCCUAGUUCAAGUUCAGGAAGAGGUGGGGGGCACUGGAGCACAAGUCCUGGAUCGGGACGGAGAGGUGGAAGAGGGCUGGGCUCUCAUGGUCGUUCUACAAUGGAAAAACAAUUGGGGCCAGAGCGGUAUUACAAUGAUUCCAUGGUUGAAGACCCAUGGAAGUUUUUGAAACCUGUUAUCUGGAAAGGGGUAGAUACUCCCAUGAAACGUUUCUACAGCCCUGGCUCUUCAAAACCCCCAAUUGAAAAAUCUAGUAGCACAAAAGAUGCUAGCAUUUCAGAAGGCUCAAACAAGUCCACUUCACAGCCAAGCUUGGCAGAGUACUUGGCCGCCUCAUUCAAUGAUGCUGUCAAGGACACACCAACUACAUAA